AUGCACUCCUUUCCUUUGGAAUUUCUCGGGAUUGGCCUAGAUGUUGGCUUGGUCGAGGGGCGCUCUCAUCGUUGUAAACCUGCUUCUUGGGAAGAGGCUUCCAGAGGCUUCCCAGAGGCUUUUGAAGAGGCUUCCCAGAGGCUUUUGAAGAGGCUUCCAGAGGCUUUUGAGGCUUCCAGAGGCUUUUGCGCAAGCUCGCUGGCCGACCUGCCCACUCCUCCCAAGAGCCGGCUUCGCCUGGAAGCCACUGACGUGGCGCACGGCGCCGGUGCGGAUGGGGCGGAUCGCAAGGAACUGAGUUGCGCCAUGGUGCACCAGCAGCCAAAGAGUGGCAAUACUGACAGCAGCAGAUGUGAUAGUCAGGCAGCACACUGA